UUCCCACUGGCCCCCAAUGCAAGGGGCGUUCUUCCCACUGGCCCCCAAUGCAAGGGGCGUUCUUCCCACUGGCCCCCAAUGCAAGGGGCGUUCUUCCCACUGGCCCCCAAUGCAAGGGGCGUUCUUCCCACUGGCCCCCAAUGCAAGGGGCGUUCUUCCCACUGGCCCCCAAUGCAAGGGGCGUUCUUCCCACUGGCCCCCAAUGCAAGGGGCGUUCUUCCCACUGGCCCCCAAUGUAAGGGGCGUACUUCCCACUGGCCCCCAAUGUAAGGGGCGUUCUUCCCACUGACCCCCCAAUGUAAGGGACAUUCUUCCAUACCAUACCUCAUGGUUGGAUUUCUGCCCAUUUGCUUCUAUGUACAUGUGAGCAUGCCUUCCACUUUUCUUCUAUGAGGUGCAGUCCU